GCAACCCUAUCAACAUCGCUCAGGUUAAUCAUCAGACAGUUAUUGAUCAUCCAUAACUGCCUCUGACCAAAUCUGCUAUCGGACCAGAUAAGACCGUGACAUCAUAGGAGUGCUGAAACUGAACAUGUCAGAAUGUUUGUGCAAUCCCAGCAGUGAACAGUUAGACUGGCAGAGGUGCGACGGGAAAGCAAGACGACUCGGAUUUCCCUUCAAGUGGAUGAUCAAAUGCAGGGACGGCAGUGAUUGACACGCUUCGAUUGUGACUGAGGAUCCUUUUGUGGUUGAAACAGCAAAAGUCAUGCGUCUUGUCGCAAGUCUGAUCACUUUUCUGACAUGCACGACUGUGCAGGUUCUUUCACAGACUGAGCAUCAACCCGGCUACUGUGAGUUUUACGAAGAAUGUGGCAAAAAUCCUACAGUGGGAGGGACCCUCAUCCCUCCCAUUGUCCCCUGCCGAAAUUACAGCCGGGCCCGAGAACUGACGGGAGAACACUACCGCAAACUUCAACAGGUGUGUCCGAUGUUGGACAAGGGAGCUGGCAACACAUUUGCAUGUUGCUCCAUAAAGCAGUUGUCAUCCUUGGAAAUGAGUUUGACCCUAUCUAAGGCCCUGCUGGUGCGCUGCCCUUCUUGUGCUGAAAACUUUGCCCACCUGCACUGUAUCAACACCUGCAGCCCAAACCAGAGCCAGACAGUCAAAGUCACAAAGGUCGAGAAUGUCACUCACCUCGGAAAAACCCGAGAGGCUGUGGUGGCGUACCAGGCAUACAUCUCCACCACCUUUGCAGACGCCUCCUUCCAGUCGUGUCAAAACGUACGGAUCCCUGCCACGGGAGGCUUCGCCAUCGCCACCAUGUGCGGCCGCUACGGCGCCAAGUUGUGCACCCCCCAGCGCUGGUACGAUUUCCAGGGAGAUACGGGCAACGGUCUGGCGCCACUGGACAUUGAUUUCAGACUCAUAAAGCCGGGAGAAAUGGAGGGAGUACCGAAGGGUGUGAUUCCCUACAAUGGGCAAGCCUUGAAGUGCAAUGAGACCACGCCGUCCGGAGGUCAGGCGUGCUCGUGUCAAGACUGCAAAGGAUCGUGCCCUGUCUUUCCACCUCCCCCACUGCCACCGGGACCCUUCAGACUUUUGGGCACGGAUGGCUUCCUUGUCAUUGCCAUCAUCUUCUUCUGCCUCCUGAUCUUUUCCUUCAUCUUCUUCCUUGUGGUUUCUUAUUUGGUCAAGAUGAAGAAUAAGCAGGAUGAAGAGAAAAAGAAGAGGAAAGGCAAAGAUCAGAACUGUAACAAUGUGAGUCAGCGGGCCAUUCAUCCGUCAGAGGUGACGUGUGCUGACAAGAACAGCAUGGUCGCUCAGGCCUUCCUUAGCUCUCUGUUUCAGAAAUGGGGAACAUUCAUGGCUACUUAUCCCCUCAUGGUGCUCCUGGUGUCGGCUGUCGUCGUCGCUGCGUUCGCCACCGGCCUCAUGUUCAUGGAGCUCACAACUGACCCAGUGGAGCUCUGGUCGGCUCCCAACAGCCGAGCUCGUCAGGAGAAAGAUUUUCACGACAAACAUUUUGGGCCGUUCUUCAGGACCAACCAGCUGAUUUUGACGGCACCAGGCAGAAAAGGCCACCUUUAUGACUCUUUGCUCUUUGGGCCACAGAACUUCAGUGGGCUUGUCUCCAAAGAGCUCAUCAUUGAAAUGCUGCUUCUCCAGAAAAAAAUACAGGAUAUUGAGUUCUGGUCAGAUGACCUAAAUCGCACAGCAAGUCUGAAGGACGUGUGUUUUGCACCACUGAACCCCAACAACUCCUCCCUGACCGACUGUGCCGUCAACAGUCUGCCACAAUAUUUUCAGAACAGCCUGGACAACAUCAAUGCCAAGGUGAACAUGACUGAGCUGGGGGAGACCAAAGAAGUGGAUUGGAGAGAUCACCUGGUCUACUGCCUCAAUUCACCUCUGUCAUUCAAAGACAUCACUGAUCUAGGACUGAGCUGCAUGGCUGACUAUGGAGGUCCAGUCUUUCCCUUCCUGGCUGUCGGCGGCUAUCAGGGUGACGAGUACACCAACGCAGAGGCCUUCAUUUUAACCUUCUCCCUCAACAACUAUCCGAGGACCGACGUAAAAUACAACGUAGCCAUGAAGUGGGAGAAAGAGUUUCUGAAAAUUGUCCAAGACUACCAGAGAAACCCGACCGCCAACUUUACGUUUGCAUACAUGGCAGAGAGGUCUCUGGAGGAUGAGAUCAAUCGGACUACAGCAGAAGACAUUCCCAUAUUCAUGAUCAGCUACGCUGUCAUCUUUGUUUACAUCGCUGUUGCCCUGGGAGAGUAUUCUUCUUGGAGACGCAUACUGGUGGAUUCAAAGUUUCUUGUGGGUUUUGGUGGGAUUAUGGUGGUUGGAUGCUCGGUGCUGGCCUCCAUGGGCUUCUACUUUUGGAUCGGAAUUCCCUCCUCGUUGGUCAUCCUGCAGGUCGUACCGUUCCUGGUACUUGCUGUCGGAGCUGACAACAUUUUCAUCUUUGUUCUAGAAUAUCAGAGAGAUGUGCGGCAGCCUGGAGAGAAAAGAGAGCAGCAUAUUGGCCGCGUGCUAGGAAACGUUGCUCCCAGCAUGCUCCUGUGCAGUCUCUCUGAGUCUGUUUGCUUCUUUUUGGGUGCCCUGUCCACCAUGCCUGCAGUGAAGACCUUCGCUUUGUACGCAGCUUUGGCUGUGCUUAUGGACUUUGUUCUCCAGAUGACAGCGUUUGUGGCGCUGCUCUCCCUGGACGCCCGGCGCCAAGACAAAAACCGCUGCGAGCUUCUCUGCUGCGUCACCGUAAAGACCCAGAAAUCCGACAAGCCCAACGAGGGCUUCCUGUUGCCCCUCAUGAGGAACUAUUACGCUCCCGUGCUGCUGAACCGUUACAUGAGAUUCAUUGUGAUGUUGGUGUUCCUCUUCAUGUUCAGUGCUUCUCUGUACCUCAUGUUCAAUGUGACAGUGGGUUUGGAUCAGGAACUGGCGAUGCCCAAGGUCAGUGCGAUACAGUAUUUGCAGACUGCACAUAAUCAUUGUUUUUGCUCUUUUUAUGAUGCCUCACAAAUGUAUUUUCCUCGUCUGCAGGGUUCAUAUAUGCUGGAUUAUUUCCAGUAUUUAUACAAAUACUUGGAAGUUGGCGUCCCAGUUUAUUUUGUAACAAAAAGAGGCUUCAAUUUUGCCACAGUGGAGGGUAUGAACGGUGUGUGUUCCAGUGUUGGCUGCGACCAGUUCUCAAUGAUCCAGAAGAUUCAAUAUGCCGCCAAUCACCCUGAACUAUCUUACAUUGGCAUCUCUGCAAACUCCUGGGUUGAUGAUUUCAUCGACUGGCUGAACCCGGGAUCCAGAUGUUGUCGACUUUAUAGCUUUGGUCCAAAUGCUGGAAAGUUCUGUUCUGCAGACAAAUCUCCUCUUCUCUGUGGACGAAAGUGUAUGAAGACCCCCGCAGAUGGCGUCCUGCGGCCCACGGUGGAAGAGUUCAACCGAUUUCUUCCUAACUUCUUGGCUAACAGGCCUGACCUGCAGUGUCCCAAAGGAGGACUUGGAGCCUAUGACACGGCUGUGGUGAGAGACGACAGUGGAGAAAUUAUUGCUUCUCGCUUCAUGGCUUACCACACACCUCUGAGCAACUCUCAAGAGUUCACUGCAGCACUAUUGAGGGCCAGAGAGCUGGCUGACAAGAUCACUGAGGGCAUGCGGAACAUAGAGGGAACCUCUCCGGACUUUGAGGUCUUCCCAUACACGGUGACCAACGUUUUCUACGAGCAAUACCUGACCAUCGUACCGGAGGGCCUCUUCAACAUCUCACUGUGUCUGCUGCCAACAUUCAUCGUGUGCUGUCUGCUCCUGGGCUUGGACCUGCGCUCCGGCCUGCUCAACCUCAUCACCAUCAUCAUGAUCAUUGUGGACACUGUUGGGGUCAUGACACUCUGGGGAAUCCAUUACAACGCAGUGGCCCUCAUUAACUUGGUUACAGCAGUGGGCAUUUCUGUGGAAUUUGUGUCUCACAUGACAAGAUCGUUUGCUCUCAGCACAAAACCCACUCAUGUGGAGCGAGCAAAAGAAGCCACCGCCAACAUGGGCAGUGCAGUCUUUGCUGGUGUUGCUAUGACCAACCUGCCCGGCAUCCUUGUUUUGGCCUUUGCCAAAGCGCAACUUAUCCAGAUCUUCUUCUUCCGCCUCAACCUGGUGAUCACACUUCUGGGGUUGGCUCACGGACUCAUCUUCCUCCCUGUGGUGCUGAGCUAUUUCGGACCUGGAGUGAAUAAAGCCGUGCUGCUGCAGAUCCAGCAGGCACAAGCAAAGACCUGCCAGCGAUUGGAGCUGACAAGUCGAGAUAACAUGGGCUACGAAGACAAUGAGAGAAAGUCGGAGCCUCACUCUAACGUUACAAAGGCUGCCGUUUACACUAAUGGCCCAUGA